AUGGAUACUAGGAACUGGACAGAAGUGACUGAAUUCCUUCUCCUGGGGCUAUCUAGCCAUCCAGAGAUGCAGCCAAUCAUCUUUGGAGUUAUCCUCUCCAUGUACUUGAUAGCAGUGACAGGUAACACCAUGUUAAUCAUUGUUGCCCGCACAGACCCCAAACUACAGGCACCUAUGUACUUCCUGCUCAGCCAGCUCUCCUUAGUUGACAUCUUAUUGACCACUAUUAUUGUCCCCCAGAUGCUAGUGCACACAAUGACAGGAAUCCAGACCAUCUCCUUCAAGAACUGCAUAACGCAGCUUUUCUUCUUUAUGGCCAUAGGAAGUAUGGAGGGUCACCUGUUGGCUGCCAUGGCAUAUGAUCGCUAUGUGGCCAUCUGUAAACCCCUGCACCAUUCUACCAUUGUCACCCGCAGCCUCUGCCUCCGCAUCACUUCAACUUCAUUUGUGGUGGUCAGCCUCAACAGUCUCCUCUAUAGUGUGCUGGUCUCCCAACUGACUUUCUGUGGAAACGAGGUAACACAUUUUUUCUGUGACAUCACACCAUUGCUCAAGCUCUCCUGUACUCGACCUGUGGUCAAUGAGAUGCUGAUCUUCACCGAAGGUGCAGCCAUUGUUAUAAGCCCCUUUUUCUUCAUCUUGGCCUCCUAUGUCUGCAUUGGGGCUGCCAUAACUCGCCUACACUCAGCUGCUGCCCUGAAAAAGGCCAUGUCCACCUGUAGUUCCCACAUUCUGGUGGUGCUGCUCCUAUAUGGUUCAGUGAUUCACAUGUAUCUCCGACCAUCUUCCAGUUAUGAUCUGGACCAGGACAGACAAGUGGCCAUAUUCUACACUGUGGUUACACCCAUGCUAAACCCAAUGAUCUACAGUUUAAGGAACCAGGAAGUGAAGGAUGCUCUCUGGAGGUUCUGGAAGAAGAUACACCUGUCAGAUUGGCUAAGAUGACAGGAAAAAAUAAUGAUGAAUGUUGGAGGGGAUGCGGGAAAACGGGGACACUGAUGCAUUGUUGGUGGAAUUGUGAACGAAUCCAGCCAUUCUGGAGAGCAAUCUGGAAUUAUGCCCAAAAAGUUAUCAAACUGUGCAUACCCUUUGAUCCAGCAGUGUUUCUAUUGGGCUUAUACCCCAAAGAGAUACUAAAAAAGGGAAAGGGACCGGUAUGUGCCAAAAUGUUUGUAGCAGCCCUGUUUGUAGUGGCUAGAAACUGGAAAAUGAAUGGAUGCCCAUCAAUUGGAGAAUGGCUGGGUAAAUUGUGGUAUAUGAAUGUUAUGGAAUAUUAUUGUUCUGUAAGAAAUGACCAACAGGAUGAAUACAGAGAGGCUUGGAGAGACCUACAUGGACUGAUGCUAAGUGAGAUGAGCAGAACCAGGAGAUCAUUAUACACUUCGACAACGAUAUUGUAUGAGGAUGUAUUCUGAUGGAAGUGGAUUUCUCUGACAAAGAGACUUAACUGAGUUUCAUUGGAGAAAUGAUGGACAGAAACAGCUACACCCAAAGAAGGAACACUGGGAAAUGAAUGUGAACUAUUUGCAUUUUUGAUUUUCUUCCCGAGUUAUUUUUACCUUCUGAAUCCAAUUCUCCCUGUGCAACAAGAGAACUGUUCGGUUCUGCAAAUAUGUAUUGUAUCUAGGAUAUACUGCAACAUG